AUGUCCGGAGCUGAAGUCCAAGUUUCCUCUGACGUGUUCGUCGAGGCGGUCUCGGAUCCCAGAUUGGCAGCAGCCGUCGAGCAGUUGAGGGCGAGAGUCAACAAGUCGCCCGCCGGAGACAACUUGGAAGCGGUCGCCAAAGACGGGGUCUUGAAGUGGACAGUGGCCAACUUCGCGGGCACUGCCAAAACAUCCGACACAGGCGCCGCCCGCUACAUCGGUACCAGCUACAGUGUCGAGUAUCCGCCCACCGUGGGCACAUUUACAUUGACCCUCACGCCGAUCACCGCGACCCUCGUCCUCAAGGAUGAUGCCGAAGGGAGGGAGGUUACGUACAGGGGCGAGGGUGUCUCGAUGGGCCUGAAUAAUACCUACAGUGGAAGAUGGGUCUGGUUUCCCUGA